CAAACCGAGUCAUGUGACAGAAAAUCGUCACGUGCUUCUGAUAAUCAGGAAGGGACGCUAGAGAAAGCACGGUGUUGUGCACAGAGUUUGAGAAAAUGAGUGUUUCCUUGGAUUUAAGGCUUAAGCGUGCGAACAAAGUGUAUCAUGAAGGGGAGGCCCUGGCUGGAGUGGUGGUGAUCACCAGUAAGGAAGCUGUCCAGCAUCAGGGAAUCAGCCUCACCAUGGAGGGUCUUGUUAACCUACAGCUCAGCUCCAAGAGUGUUGGAGUCUUCGAGGCUUUUUACAACUCUGUCAAGCCCAUUCAGCUGAUCAGCAGUAACAUCGAGGUGGCCAAACCGGGCAAGGUGCCAGGAGGCAAAACCGAAAUCCCCUUUGAGUUUCCCCUGCAAGCAAAAGGAAAUAAAGUGCUGUACGAAACCUACCAUGGUGUUUUUGUCAACAUUCAGUAUACUCUACGAUGUGAUAUGAAGCGCCCUCUGCUGGCAAAAGAUCUGAGCAAGACCUGUGAAUUCAUGGUUCACUGUCAGCCACAGAAAUCCAAAGUGCAGCUGACUCCAGUCGAUUUCACCAUCACGCCGGAGACGUUGCAGAAUGUGAGAGAGAAGAGUUCUCUCCCAAAGUUCCUGAUCAGAGGCCACCUCGAUGCCACUAACUGUGUGAUCACACAGCCGCUCACAGGGGAGCUGGUGGUGGAGAGUUCAGAGGUCGCCAUCAAAAGCAUUGAGCUGCAGCUAGUGCGGGUUGAGACGUGCGGCUGUGCUGAAGGCUAUGCCAGAGAUGCGACAGAGAUUCAGAACAUCCAGAUAGCAGAGGGAGAUGUGUGUCAUGGCCUCCCUAUCCCUAUAUACAUGGUCUUCCCCAGGCUGUUCACAUGCCCUACCCUCGAAACCACAAACUUUAAAGUUGAGUUUGAGGUGAACGUGGUGAUUGUUUUUCAUGACGAUCAUUUAAUAACGGAGAACUUCCCGUUGAAGCUGUGCCGAGUAUGAGAUCAGAGCCUGCAGAUUCAUUGAUGUUUUCUGGAAGACUCUGGGAGUGGCCUUAUAACUGUUUAAGUGCCAGUUAGGAAUGAGCCAGGGAUGGCUUUUGUUGCAGCCUCACCUAAUUGUUGCAUACAUGCCAUUUUUGGCGUUCACGGAUUCAGAUUUUUGAGAAUCGUCGUCAGAAAGCUAGUGCACUUGUUCCCUCUUUUUGUUUUAGGACAUCAAGUACUCAUAUGUGAUCGAACCAGUAGCAAGAACAGGAUAGUAUCAUAUGGCAAACAGCGGACCUGCUUGAAGGUGAAAAACCUUCUGUGCUUUGUGUCCCUUGUAUAAACCAUGUAGUACUAGGAUAAAUUAGUACUAUUAUUUGUAUAAAAUAAAUGUGAUGUAUAUCUA